AUGCCCUCCCGCUCUCUGUCGCAUAAACGCGAACACGCGGAGACUGAUACUGUCGCGGCAGAGAACGCCGAGUUUGCACGCGCCGUCAAGGCCGGCCAGGUGCCGGACACGGCGCUGUCCCGCAUCGUAUACGACAACUGGAAGCGUUUCCCAGACUGCAUCCUGCUCACGCAAGUAGGCAACUUCUUCGAGUCGUACUUUGAGCCUGCGAUCGAAGUCGCCGCCCUCCUCGGCAUCAAGCUCACGAGCAAAACGUACAAAUCCGGCUCAUUUCCGUUCACAGGCUUCCCGAUCCACCAAAUUGACAAGUACCUCAAGCUGCUCGUUCAGGAUAUGGGGCACACAGUGGUGCUAGUGGAGGAGGAGAAGGACCCGCUGCAUCCCCAGCCGGUGGCUGAUAUCCGGCGCAAGGUCGCGCGCGUCGUGACGCCCGGCACGCUGCUGGAUGAGAGCUGGUUGAGCGGGCACGAGAGCAGAUACCUUCUUGCCAUCUCCCUCGGUGACGCAGUGAACGCAGAAGAGGGUGGGGAGAAGAGCCCGCUGUACCUCGCAUAUGCGGACGUGUCUACGGGCGAGUUCUUCACAAAGGCCGGAAGCACCGCCGACAUCGAGGAUGAGAUGGCGCGCAUUGCACCCCGCGAAGUCGUGCUUGACAACUCUCUCCGCGAGGCAUGGAAGGAGGGCGAGGCGGGUCCCAGCGGGCUGCUCGAGCUCCUUCGCGUGUUGGGCGUGCACGUCUCCUUCGCCGCGGCUCCCGCUACAUCUCCAUCCCCUCCGUCUCCUGUAAACCUCGAGCGCGACGCCAUCUCCCUCCUCCGCCACCAUCUGGAAUACGCGCUGCGCGACCGCAUGCCCGCGAUGCCAGCCGAGGGCGAGUUCAACCGCGAGUCGCAAGGCGCGCAAAUGCACAUCGACGCCGCGACGCUUCAAGCCCUUGAGAUCCGGCAUGCGCUGCGUCCCGGCGGCCUUGUCGGCGUGCAUUCCUCCCCGCUCUCAGCAAAGGGCACGCUGUUGAGCGUCCUCAGCCGCACCGUCACGGACUCGGGGCACCGCCUGUUGAAGCGCACGCUGACCGCCCCGUCGACAAGCCUCGCGGUCAUCAACGCGCGCCUCGCGCUCGUCGCGGCACUGCACGAGCGCGAGGCGCUGCGCACCGACCUCCGGGACAUGCUGCGCUCGCUGGGAGACGUCAUGCGCAUCGUGCAGCGCUUCCGCGCGUCGCGGGGCGACGCGAGCGACGUGUGGGACGUCGCGCGCUGGGUGCGCGGCGUGGAGCGCCUGCGGGACCGCGUGCGCGUGGAUAUCGUAAUCGAGGGGAAGAGGCGGAAGGAUGGGGGGCAAGCGGAGGGCGUGGCACGCCUGCAGGAGCUGGUGGAUGCGUUCGCGCCGCUGCUGGAACUCGCGGAUGGCAUUGAGGGAGCGAUUGAUGAAACUCGACUGCCGGGACUACAGGCGGAAGAGGCGGGUGAGGAGGACACGGCAGAGGAGGUGCUCGACAGACGGACGCAGGCGCGGUGGUGGCUCCGGCCGAGCUUCUCGCUCGAGCUCAGCGAGCUGCAUAAGCGCAUCCAAAGCCUGACACGAAAACGGGCCAAACUCGAAGCCCGCUUGCAGGAAGAGUACGGCGCGUCUCUGACGCUCGGUACGAGCGCGCGGUGGGGCUACGUUGUGACCGCGAAGCGGCGGGACGUGCUGCCGAAAGAGCGCUUCCACGCCGUCGCCGAAGCCAAGAGCACACGAACGUACGCUUACAACGAAUGGUCGGCGCUCGGUGCGCGCUUGGAGGAGUCGUACGCCGAGCUGGGCGUGGCGGAAGCGCGUGCGCUCAACCGGCUGCGCGCGAUGGUCGUGGAGCGCGCGCCGACGAUCCAAGCCAACGCCGAGGCGGUAGACGAGCUCGACGUGGCCGCGGGCUUCGCGCAGGCCGCCCAGGACCUCAAUUACGUCCGCCCGACACUGGACGACUCGUGCGAGCUGCAGAUCGUGAAUGGGCGCCACCCGUCCGUCGAAGCCGGCCUCAUGGCGCAAGCACGCGCAUUCACGCCAAACUCGACGCACAUGGACGCCGGUGCGCACAUGCACUUCAUCACGGGCCCGAACCAGGGUGGGAAGAGCACGCUGCUGCGCCAGACGGCGGUCAUCGCCAUCCUCGCGCAAGCGGGCUCGUUCGUGCCGGCCGACAGCGCGCGCGUCGGCGUCGUGGACCGCGUGUUCAGCCGCGUCGGCGCGCGCGACGACCUCUUCCGUGAUCGCAGCACGUUUAUGCUCGAGAUGGUCGAGACGGCGGGGAUUUUGCGCGCCGCGACGCCGCGCAGCCUCGUCAUCAUGGACGAGAUUGGGCGCGGCACGACGCUGCACGCUGGCAUGGCGAUUGCUUAUGCGACACUGGAUUACAUCCUCACGCAUGUGCGGUGCAGGACGCUGUUUGCGACGCAUUAUCACGAGCUCGCGCGCAUGCUUGAAAGUGGCGGCGGCGUGCGGGGCGUCGCAUUCUUUUGUACCGAUGUCGAGCGGGAUGGUGAGGCGUUUGCGUAUGCCUAUCGCCUGCGCCCAGGAAUCAACUACGACUCACAUGCGAUCAUGGCGGCCCAGUUGGCGGGGAUGCCCGAGAGUUUUCUUGAUGUUGCGAGGCGCACAUUGGAGGCUCUGGAGGGUGGGGAAGAGGGGCAUGGAGAGAGGGAUGACAGGGGAGAAGGCGGGAGUGGUCACGGCGGGGGUGUCAGAGCCGUGGGAGGGUGA